GUUUACCUCUUUCUCCUGCCUUUCUUGACCUAAAUAUAGGCAGCCUGUGGCGCAAUUAUCAUACACUAGCAAGUUUCUGUUGUUUUGAAGGAACCAAAAACAGUACCUCUAAUCUGUGGUCGUACAUGUUAGACACAUGCUUUGGAAGUACAUAGAAAAUACUUUCAUGUGCAAUGUGAUUUCUAGAUGGUCCGCGAUAGGUAUUAUUCAUGUGCAAUGUGUCUUUUUGUGUGAUAAUUAAAGUUGAGAAGAAAUAAUAUCAAUUUUUUCUUGCAUAUGGCCAAUAAAAUCUGGUACAAUAAUUAGAGAGACAAUGCAAAUCUGUCAUUUGAUCCCAUUAUUCUAGAACAGUAAAUUCCUUAUUCUAAGGGGUUUAUAUGACUAAAUUAUAUUGGAACUAAUGCAGAUUUAGAUUUCAUGACUAUCUGAAGAUUAUACAUACUAUACACACACACAUAAAGUUCAUUUGACUGAAAUGUUGGUAUACAUUAUAAGACGGAAUAGGUUGGUUUGCGGCACUUAACUUACCUUGCUACAGUUUUAAUUCUACUUGGAAAAGUUGCUGAAUAUAUUACAUUUCUGCUGUCUUUUACUGAAUUCUUCUCAUGUUCAUAUUUCAUUGAUCAUUUGUAGGACGUACUCCUAUACAAUUUUUUUAGCUCGUCGCCACUUGGAAAUCAGUGGAGAGUCGUAUAUGAGUUCCUGAAUGAACAAAAUUUAGCCGAUUUAUCCUUCCCAAGUUUCUCUGAUACAAGACAUAAUGUCUUGUGUUCUGAACUGAAGCAACUAUAUGUGGCAAUUACUCGAACAAGGCAAAGAUUAUGGAUAUGUGAAAGCGUAGAUGAGUUUUCUAGGCCUAUGUUUGAGUACUGGCGAAGGUUGUGUCUUGUAGAAGUAAGGGAGGUAGAUGAUUCAAUCGCAGAAGCUAUGCAAACAUUUAGCACUCCGGAGGAGUGGAAAUCAAGGGGAAUGAAGCUGUUUUGGGAGAAAAAUUAUGAGAUGGCACUAAUGUGUUUCAAGCAAGCGGGAGAAACGGAUUGGGAAAAAAGAGCUAAGGCAGCUGGUAUCAGGGCAGCUGCUGAACGAGUUCUUUAUUCAGAUCCUGGAAAGGCUCGCACCUAUCUUCUCGAGGCUGCUGAAAUCUUUUAUUCUAUUGGCAGGUUCGAGUCUGCAGCUGAAUGUUUUUAUGACUUGAGGGACUAUGAAAGAGCAGGAAGUAUUUAUUUGGACAAGUGUGGUGAAUCUCAACUGAUAAAAGCUGCUGAAUGUUUUUUACUGGCCGGUCGCUAUAAGCGGGCAGCAGGAGUUUAUGCAAAAGGAAAUUAUUUCGCAGAAUGUCUGUCAGUUUGUUCCAAAGGAAAAUGUUAUGACUUAGGUCUGAAAUAUAUCGAGUACUGGAAGCAACAGGCUGUCCAGGGGGAUAAUAUUGGGAAAAGUGCUGUUGAAAUUGACAAAAUUGGGAAGGAGUUCCUAGAGAAUUGUGCAUAUAAUUAUUUUGAGCUCAAGGACAAAGCAUCUAUGAUGAAAUUCGUCAGAGCUUUUCCAUCAAUGGACAUGAAGCGCAAAUUCUUGAUGUCUCGAAAGUGCCUUGACGAGCUGCUUCUAUUAGAAGAAGAGUCAGGAAACUUUGCUGAAGCUGCAGAAAUCGCGCGGCUGAAGGGAGAUAUUCUUUGUGAAGCUGAUAUGACCGGGAAGGGAGGGGAUUUCGAUAAGGCGUCCUCGCUCAUCCUUUUGUAUGUGCUCUCUCACUCCUUAUGGAUGGCCGGAAGCAAAGGUUGGCCUUUGAAGUCGUUCGUGCAAAAGGAGGAUCUCUUAAAGAAGGCGAUGUCAUUUGCGAGUCAUGGGACAAAUUUUGAGACCACGAGCAUUGAAAUUAAAGUUUUAUCAAAUGAGUCGGGUGAUUGGUCUGACCUGAAGCAUAUUUUCAGCGCCUCUCAGAAAUGUAGAUGUCUCGUAGGUGAAAUUUUAUGCAGUAGAAAGAUCUUGGAUUUUCAUUUUCAAAAUGAUGCAACGAAGUAUGUUUGGGAUGAUAAAUUAUCGGUCAAUCUACAGAGUUCAGAAGAACUGAUUUCGUGCUGUCAGGUUAGUGUUGGAACGCUGGUUCAGUUUAUGAAUUCGUGGAAGAAAAAUGUCUUUUACGUUCUUGAUUCUCUCGAGUGCCUCGGCGAAGUAAAUUUUGGCGAAUUUAAGGGAGUUGGUGAAUUUUGCUUGAAAUACUUUGGUGCUAGGCAGCAGUUGAAUGGUCUCAACGUCACAUAUGUUCUGCUGCAUCCAGAAGCCGAAUGGAUCAAAAAUAUUCAAAACUUUGUCGUUAGACGGAACAAGCAGACAGUAUUUGUUGAUGCUCGGCAUUUUAUUUCUGCUGCUCGGACUCAUUGGCAUACAGAACUACUCGUAGUCGGUCUGAAUGUUCUUGAAACUCUUGCAUUCCUCUAUGAAUUGGCUGCAAAGUCCAUGCCUCUAUUUUGUCAAAGCAUGUGCCUACUAAAUAUUUACGAGAUUGCAAAGUGUUUAAGUGAGUCCAAACACCAUGAUUUUAAAAUUUUUGAGAGUAGAAUACAGAACUUUCUGACACUAUCUACAAAGUACUUUGAAAAGGUAUUCCCCCUUGACCCCCGACAGUCAAUGGUUGAAAGUAUGAUUUCUUUAAGGAGAACAAAGCUUUCCUCUGACUUACUUCAAGAAUUCGUCGUUCAAGAUAUUGGCACCAGUGAUCAUCUUAGCUACGGACAGAUUGGAAGGAUUGUGAUCAUAUGGCUUAGUUCCGGAAAUAUUUCCGACGAGCUGUACAAGAUAAUUGUUGGAAGAAUCCCGUCAGAUGUUCCGUGGAAAUCAUUCAUUGAAAUUCUCAGUUGCACGAAACGGAGAGGGGGCUUGGAAGAUUUUCAGUCGGGCGAUUCUUUUCGUGGAGGCAAAUUGUUAGAAUUUCAAGAAGUUCUAUCAAGCAACUGUAAUCUUGAAUGUUCUUUGGAAUCUUCGAAUAAUCCAGUUAAAACUGCGGAGGUUACAUUAUUGCAGAUAUUUUUUGAAGCUUUACAGGAUACCUUUAGUGCGAACUGGAAGAAAAUAGGUGACUGUUUAUCUCCUUGUUGCUUCUUGUAUCUUCUUGAGCGCUUUCUGAUUUUGGUAUCUCUGUGUCGUGGAUUCUUCUUCACCGCGAAAUCUUCAUUUGUGGAAUGGCUGAUCUCUGAGCAGUUUGAAGCCCGACCAACUUCCGGGCAUGCAAUUAACACACUGCCUUUAGAAGAAUUUUUUGAUUCCAUUCUUGCAAUGGUGCAAGUAUUCAUUUAUGAUAAAGCUAGUACAACUGAGUGGAUUUCCCGAUGUAAAAUUAAUGUCGAUCUGUCCUAUAAGCAAAUGGUCUUGAGAUUGGUUCUUAUCCUAUGCAUACUUUGUGUGAACUGUGAGAAAUACUAUGAUGUUCUUUUCAAAGUGCUCAGUAUCGAUGAUGUUAGGAACCAACUUCCAGAGGAACUUUAUUCCAUCCUUCAACGAGGAACGGAGAAUAACUAUCUUCAGAUCAAUGAAAUUGGAGAAGCUUUUCAAAAAGGCGGUGACGCUCUUCUGGUUGUCAACCUUGGUGAGAUUGCUACGGGAGUUGAGUAUACCAAUGUUAUUUCUGUCAAGUUGGGAACAAACUGCAGCAGAGAAGACAUCCUGAGUUUGUUGUUUCCGACCAGAACUGGCAGUUCAAUAGUUCAGACUUUCACUGUUACAGAAGUCAUUACUGAUCCAUGCGCCAACGUUUCCUCGCAUUGUGGUAAUCAACCAAUGCAAAUGAAUUGGGCCUUGUUUCAGGAAAUAUCAGAUGUCUUGAAGUCUAGUGGCGGCGAUGACUCUGGAACUUCUGCAGAUUUCUCAACUCGUAAUUUGAAGGAGGAAAUGAAUGCUAAUGUGAACUUUUUGACUGCUGCAAUCAACCUGUCCUCGAGAGAGAAUCUUUGUGCUGGUGAGGAAUUGAUGGAGGAAGCGCGUAAUAUGCUUCAGGAGUUGAUACAACUCCAUACAUUGAUGAAUACGAGCCCUCUGGAUAGGGGAAGCAUUGAAAUUUUUUUAGAGAGCUUGUUGUCAAAAAAGCCGAAGCUAGAAGCUUUCUUGAAUCAGUUCAUUGUGCCCGAGGAUAGCAGCCGGAGCGUUGCAUUAGAGAACCAAUGCGAGGAAAUGCUUUAUGUAGCGAGUAAUGAAGUUGCUACAACGGAUCUUCCAUUUACAAGUACUUCUGAGACCCGAGUUAGUGAUCAGGGCGCGGGAAGGAAGCAGGGAAAAGGGAAGGGCAAGUUCAAGAAGCGAAAAGGAAACAGGAAGAAGUGAACUAUACUUUUGUGCACCUUUGUGCUGUGAAUAACAAUGAGUUGAAAUGAACUCUUAUGUAAUACAGAAUCUGUAUGGUGUUCUAAAGGAAAUGAUAUGUAAGAUAGUCAUGUAAAAAAAGUAGAAAGGAAUAUAUGUAUCUGUCCUUUGUUUGCAAUGAUUUUUGGGAAAAGGCCUAAAUUUGCC